AUGAAUAAGCAUAUUGUUUAUAAUUUCGUAUUAAUAUUUAUAAUAAUCCAAUGUGUUGAAUCUCAAGACAACAAUCCUGAUCAACCUGCUGAUGAUGAAGAAGAUGAAGAUAACUUUGAUGUUUUAGAUCUAGAACAAAUCAUUCAGCAACGACUUAGUCGUUUUGAUGACCCUCAAUACCAACCACAAUAUCAACAAUUACAAGAAUCUCAAUAUCCAACCCAACCAGAGACUCAACCCCAACAUUAUGAUUAUUACCAACCUGAAUUACAAGGAUAUCAUUCAGAAUUAUCAUAUUAUCAACCCCAACAUCAGUAUUACCCAGGAUAUCAACCUGAAUCACAAGGAUAUCAACCUGAAUAUCAGUACUAUCAACCUCAACCAUAUGGUCAAUACCAACCAUACGAAAUCCAGAUUCAAACUCAAGAACCAAUACCAUAUUAUGUACCACCACAGCAACCAGGUCAAUAUUAUAUACCUCCAGUAACUCAACCUACUCAACAACCAAGUUAUCAAAAUUACUACCCUGGGUAUCCUCCACAUCAACCAUCCUAUCAACAUCAGCAUUACGAACCUCCAGUAACUCAACCUGCUCAACAACAACAGUAUUAUCAACCUAGUCAACCUACUCAGACUCAGCCUCAACUACCACAGCCACAGUAUGAGUAUUAUGAACCUAGUCAUCCUAGUCAUACUACUCAACCUCAGCAUCAAUAUUAUGAACCUCCACAAACAUACCAACCACAACAGUAUUAUCAACCUACUACGGCUCCACCGCCUCAGCCACAAUUACCACAACAACAGUAUGAGUAUUAUCAACCUACUACGGCUCCACAAACAUCGCAACCAGAACAGCAACAUUAUUAUGAACCUACUACUACUCAAACUCAACAACCAGAACAGUAUUAUGAUCCUAGUCAUCCUACCCAACAACAACAUUAUUAUGAACCUCCCCAUACUCAAACAGAAGUGAUUCAGUCAGAGCCUCAGUCACCCCAAACUCAAUCAGAAACUGUGGAAGACGAUGAUAAUUUCUAUGUGACAGAACAUGAUCAACCCCAACAUUAUGUGCCUCCACAUACUCAAGUAACUAAAGCUAAACAACCAACUGGAACACAAGCUGAAGUUAUACAAGUUCAACAGAUUGAUGAUGAGGAAAAAGAGAAGAAGAGACAACAAAGAGCCAAGUUGUUGGAAAAAUUAAAAAGAAAAAUACAACGUCCGGAUAAAACAAAGCCAUCAAAACAACAAACUGCCCAACCAAGAAAAAGAAAAAGACCUCAAACUACAAGUGGAGACCAAGGUGAGGAGGAGGAAGAUGAAGAAGAACCUAUUGAAAUACAAUCAAUUGUUCCAAUUAGAAAAUCUAGUGUAAUCAAACUUUUUAAAAAGGAUUCUUCAGAAAAUCUUGUAGAAAUGACUGAUAAAGAUUAUGUUAUAACAUUUGAUGAUUCACAUAAAAGAAAAUAUAAAUUCAAAGCAUAUCUUGAGCAAAUAGAAUGUAACAAUGAGGUUAUCUACGUACAUACAAGUGGAACACCACCUUAUUGUUUUUCAUUAACUCAUAGUAAGAAAACACAUAUAAUUAUAAUUACCAAGAGUCAAGGAUUUACAUUAGUAAGGAAAGUCAACGGAGAAUGGACAAGAACUGAUGCUAAUAUUCCAGAUUAUGUCAAAUUCUACAAACGGGAUUCUGGAGGGAAUGAAGUUUUAAUAACCAAUAAUGAAUAUAAUAUUGAUUUUACUUCACUUCGAUCCUUUAGAUACACAUUCCUCCCAGGGACAAGAUGUCAUAAAGUACAAGUUAAGGGCGUGAUUGCGUGGAAGAAAACUGAAGAUGAUGAUAAUUUUCCUGAAAUAAUUUACGUUACACCAAAAUUCGGUGUUAUACUUAAGUUUAAGAAAUAUACUAAAGUCUUCGAAAAAAGGGGUAACACGUAUCAAUAUUUACGCACUAAUAAAAAUUUAAUAAAAGCCAAAUAUAGAUAA